UUUGGCGCGAGAUUACAGAAAGUGGCGCAGGCGGGCAUUCAAUUUCUCUCUGUGUCGUGGGAGUUGGACGGUGCAAUAAAAGGCAGAUUUGAUAUAAGUAUGGCUGAAUCAGAUCCCGCAGGCAUGGAAGAUGAAAAUUUGGAUCUGGAGGAUCUUGCAGCUCUGCUUGAUGAAGAUGAUGAUGAGCUGUUUGCCAUGGUGGAUGCUUCUGGAGGGGAUGAAGGUGGUUCAAAAUCAACUUCCUCUAAUAGCCAGCAGACCAAGGACGUUUCUCAGAAACCCAGUAGUCCUGUAGCUUCAACAUCAAACACCACUACUGGAUUUACCAAUCUGAAGGGUGGGAGCAGUUCCACACCUCCACAGUCUAACAUCAGUGCAGCUUAUUCUGGUGAGCCAGACAGGGCGUCACAGACUGUGGCAUCUGAUCUGGCCCUGUCAGAUGAGGAGACUCCCAGGCUUCCGUCGACAGCCCCAGCUGAAGAUGAUGAUCCUGACGAUCCUGAUGAAUCAGAGAUCCUCGCGCUGGAAGCAAAACUUGCAAAGCUAAAACAGAAGAAACAAUCCAAACAAUCUCCGAAAUCCCUACAGGAUGUCGUUAGCAAAAUCAAGAAACCUCCAACUCCGAACAAAUCGCGAUUCCUGGACACCACCGGCAUCGUCCCAUCGACUGUGGUUCCUGCCGAGCUGCCGCCCUCUCAGCGCACCUCGCUCGAGCAGCGGGUGCGAGCCAUGCUGCGGCGGCCCGCCUCGGAGGUGCACGGCGGUGACACCGACUCCAGCGAGGAUGAGGACAACCGGCAGCCGUUCGAGCAGCGCUACAACGAGUUCGGACGCACCGUCAAACGGAUCGCCCACGCGUCCGCCUCGGGUACCGGCCGCGACCGGCUUCAGGAGCGCGCAGAGCACGUGAACCGGGCCGCACAGCGGGCGCUGAAACCCAAAACGGCGGCCAAGAAAGCGGACGGAGGCCGGCCGGCGGUGCCCGAGCAGCCGCAUGAGGAGAUCAUGAUCGACUCGUUCGCCAAAAUCAGUGUCAUAAAUCCUCGCCUCACCAGUAUCGAGCUGCGCGACUGUCUCCAGGGGAAGCGUCUGAUCCGCGUCAGUCAGCUGGAGAACAACGUGCGAGCAGACGGCAUCCCUGGUGACUGGGUCACCAUCGGCGUCAUCGCGCGCAAGUCCGACCCGAGAACCUCACAGAAGGGUUCGGCCUACUCGUCGUGGACGCUGACCGAUCUGGUGGACGUUCAGAAGCCGGUCAAAGUGAUGCUGUUUGGCGAGGCCCACUCGGCCCUAUGGAAAACCACCGUAGGAACAGUGGUGGCACUCGCCAACAGCAAGGUCAUGAAGGACAAGGAGAUGUCUGGCAGCACAGGCAUCACGAUCUCAGUCGUCUCAGGGAAACACUGUAUUAUGCUGGGCACAUCGCCCGAUCUGGACUUCUGUAAGGCAAAGUGUAAGAACGGCCGUAUCUGUCUGAGUUUCAUCAACAAGCGUCACUGUCCCGUGUGUGUAUUCCAUAUGACUGCCGAGUACAAAAAGACCGGAUCAAAGCGAGGCGAACUUCAGGGUGUGAGCAGUGUGGCGCCCAAGAAGCCUCUGGGAGGGGGCGUCGGCGGCGCGGGCGGCCAGAUUCUCCACGAGGGCGCCUUUUCCGGCGGCGCUCUGGCGCGGCGAGAUUCAGAGACGGCCGCUCAGAAACUCAAAGACAGAGAGCGACUCACCAGCCUCCGGCUACAAAAACAGUGUGAGGAUACUCUGAACACUAAGAAGAAAAAGCUGGACACGGCAGGCCUGAAGCACAUUUCCCAAGCGGAGGCCAAAGCCAUUGCCAACGUCGCAGAGGACAGUAUGGAAAUGGGUGAGCUCCUGCUGAAGCCAUGUGCCGGCGCUCGUAACCUGCUCCGCCACCUGACCAAAGACUCCACUGAGUCGACCUCCACGGACCUGGCCGAGCCUCGGCCGGCGCGCCGUACGGCUGCCGACCCCGCCGCCAUGCUGAGGGAGGAGGCUGCGCGACGGCGGGUCGCCGAGAAAGCGCUGGCGGCGCCGCGGCUGGCGCGCCACGUGACGCCCGGACAGACGGUCGAUCUGGACGUCAGCCCGCAGCAGAGAGCUGUCGCCGGAUCCGCCGCUAAGGCUCGCGCGUUGGCGCUGCUGAAGAAGUCCGGUCCGCUGAAGAAGACGGACCCGAACGCGGUGCGGUCGCGGCCCUCAGACCAGCGCCGGGAGCUCGUCAAAAAGCGGCUGGAGCGGGAGGCUGAUGAGAACAUUCCUGGUGUACCGGCACUGCGCGGAGCAGACCCGGGCCCGGCGGCCAAGCGGAGCCGGCUCGCCGACGACCCGGCGUUCCGGGCGGUGCUGGAGGCACGCUCCUCUCACGCAGCCGCGCUGGAGGCCGAGCUGACCGAGGGUCAGGAGCACUACUUCCAGGCACUGGAGAAGAAGGAGCUGGUCGAGAACAAGAUGCUCACCACCUGGGAGGUCAAGACCAAGGCCGUCUACUGUAAAAAGUGCAAGUACCGGGCGCUGUCGGCCUCCGACCUGUGCAAGUCCGAGGGCCACACCACCAUCCUGCUGGACGCCGUGAAGAGGUUCUUCAGCUGCAACAACUGCAAGAGCCGCACCAUCAGCCUGGACAAGCUGCCGCGACUGCCGUGCCAGAACUGCGGCGGGGAGAGCUGGCAGAAGGCGCCCAUGGGCAAGGAGCGGACCGGUCCGAAAUUGGAGAGCGAGAUCCUCUCCAUCCGAGGCAACGAGGCCUUCUCCAUAAACUCGCAUGUCAAGGAGCACAACAUCAACCUCGAGUUCUGAGGCGAUCUCACACCCAGUCUCGUGUACAACGCGUGUAUUCGCAUAUUCACGCUACCAUCAUCGCUAUCAACGUCGCACUUGCAUGUGAUUAUGUAUGUUUCCCGUCGCGGCGCCCGACCCCGCUCUAUUUGGACGCUGCCCUGAUAUACAACUGUCGGCGCUCGCAGUCAGUCAGUCGGCGACCGGAGUGCGUUAUUGUACCGGUUGCCGAGACCUGAAUACGAGCCGGCGAAUGGACCCCGCGCGGCGGCUUAGAUAGGCGAAUAAAUGGACAAUAUGGGA